CUACCCUCUCCCCUCCGUCUCCUCGUCCUGCCCUGUCCUGCUCCGGGGCGACUUCUAGCCGAGGGCCCCUCUGGGCUGUAGGCGCCAGCUGCCCCGGAGUUGGGACCUGACGGGCGGGCGUUCGGGCUCAUCGGUGCUGGGAGAAAGUUCCUGAGGGCCCCACUGGUGCGGGCUGAGCAGGCUGCGGAGAUCGGGCGUCCCCGUGCCGGGACGGGCAUGGUGUGGAGCUUCCUCAGGGGUCCUAAGAUGUUGGUUUUGGUCUUUGAUGGCGGCUUGAGCGGCUUUGUCAGUGUGUCUUAAUGGUCUGCAUACAGAUACAUAAAGCUGUGUGCCCUCCUUUUUAUUUUGACCACAGCCCUUUUUUAGCAUGGAAGGCAGAGGGCGGUUGGAAGGCUGCCCUGUGACAUGAAACUUGCAUAACAAAUUCUAUUUCUUCUGUAAUCUGUAACUCUACGAUAAAUGAAGUACACAGAGUUUCAGAAGAAUGCAUUUACUUGUUCAGCACUUAUGCCUUCCGGGCCGGCUGGCAAAGUGGGGUUUUCUGGUGGAAUGUAUGUUCUAGAAACAAAGUAUGAAGUAAUACCAAACUAAAAAAAACCCCUGGAUAUUAUCAGAGUAUUGCAGACAAGGCUUCCUGACGUUCUUGAUAAUUUAUUCUAUUCUUUGCUGUCUGUUGCACUCACUUUAGGAUCCCAAAGCUGAUGAUUUGUUUGCUGGGAAACAGCAAAACAGCAAAAUCCUUUUUCUUGUAAAUUUUAAGUUGUGACUAUUUUCACAAGAGUAUUUAUACUGACCUUAACUUAAUUUUAAUUCUUUAUAAUUGAUAAAAAAUUCAUUAUUUUGAGAUAUUUUUAUGUUAAAGAUUUUCUUGUUCCGUUUUCAGAGGAAACUUUAAAAUGGAAGUUUAGAAGACAAGAUUCUGCUUGAUGCUGAAGUAAAAAAACCCCAACUUUAUAAGCAAGAUCUUGAAGUGCAGUGUAAUAUGACUGUAGUUUUGGUUUUAGAACAAGCUAAAAGCUUGUGGGUGGGGUUUUUUAUUUAAUGUGAGGAAAAACUGUGUAAGUAAAUCACUUUUGCAGCCAAUGAAUUACUCAAUAUUUACACCUGUUGCUUUUAAAUUAAUGGUAGUAUUCUAUUUUAAUAGUAAAUUUCUGUGAAUUAAAGAAAAAUAUAAGUAUUUUCAAAGAUGAGGGAUUUAAUUGAUGUAAAAAUACAUGUCUUGAUUUGAUGAACAAAAUAUAUUAAGACACACCUGAAAUAAAAAUUGGUUUCUAGUCUUUGAAUAGCCACUCUAAUCCAGAAUAGCAUUCAGUUUUCUGGUGUGAUCUGACACUUCCUUUUUCCUGUGCAGACUCUUUUUAUUAAAAUAUUGAAUACUCAUUUAAAAUGACACAAAAAUUACAACUGGAAUAAUACCCCAGAUUUUUUCAUGUAUUUGGAUCUUUUCUGCUUACAAAAAGUAUUUUAAUCAUGAGCUGUGGAAAUGAUUUUGUGGAAACUCUUAAGAAAAUUGGAUAUCCAAAAGCUGAUGAGCUUAAUGGAGAAGAUUUUGACUGGCUGUUUGAGUCUUCGGAAGACAAAUCGUUUCUGGAGUGGUUUUGUGGAAAUGUAAAUGAGCAGCAUGUGGUAUCUGAAAAGGAACUGCAAGAUUUUGAUAGUCUUCUUGAGUCUGGUAAGCCCGUUUUGGAAGGAAAUGCGCUGGAUGAAGUCCUUAAAACCUUGAAGCCCAUGGAUUCAAAGAACAGUAGCCAAGAGGAGGAGGAAGAAGAGAAAGAACUGAAGAAAUUACAGGAUGAGCUUCAAACUCUUCAGAAGUUAAAAAAGCUUCAAAUCCAUCGGCAUAAUAAGCUUCAAAUGUUGAUUUCUGCUAACAGCCAUAUGUUACAAACAUUAAAAAGCAAAGAGGAAGAAGCACAUAAGGAUUUGAAAGAAGGACUGGAAGUGUUUACUGCGGCAAAUAAUAAGCUUAAUAAUGAACUGCUGUCUCUUACAGAUGCCGUUAAGAAAUUGGCCUCUUUCUUCACUGCUUCAGAUUCAGAACAGGGGUCAGGUACACAUCCAGUGUUUUUUUCCCAACUUUCUUUGGACAAGUAUUUGUCUCAGGAAGAAAAAAGCACUGCAGCACUUACCUCAUACAUAAAAAACCAGUCUUAUCCAGGUAUGUCUGAAUGGGUCAAAAUUUCACAGGAAGACAGCUUUCAGCUUGUGGAUGUAAGCAAACUAGCCGCUUGUGAUGAGAUUAAUGAAGUUAGUGAAGAGAGUCAAGAGAUGGCCAGGCUCCAGACAGCAUAUAUUUGUGCUCAACAUCAGCUGAUUCAAAUGCAAGCUAAAGAGGAGAGCAUGAAUUCAGCUAUAAAAUGCGCGGAGAGCAUGCUACAGUCCUUAAAGAACCAGGAUAUUGGAAAACAAGAAAACCUCGAUGCCAAAAUAUCUAGUUUAAAUGAUGAAAUUUCAGCAAUUAAACAAGAAAUAACUCAGAUAAACAAUGAAGAGCUUCUUCCCCUCCUGAAAGAAAAUGCACGGCUUAUGAGUGCGCCAGUGGUGAAAGGAUACUUGGAUCAUCAGAUUGCUCAGCAGGACUGUUAUGCUUCAAGACAAGAUGAAAUAUGCAGGCAUUUGGUAAGACAAAAAGCAUCAUUUGAACUUAUCGAGCUAGCCUAUGAAAUGGAGUUGAAGAAACAUAAGGAGAUCAGCUGUCAGCUUGAGAAUUUGGUAGAAUCUCUGAAACAGAGCAGUAAUGAGUUGCAACAGAGGCUACAGGUGAUAACUGAGCAAACUCAACAUGCAAAGCCAAGAAACACUAUUAGUUCAAAGGACGGUUUCUCGUGCAGGCUAUAUCAGCUUCUGGAAGGAGAAAAUAAAAAACAACAAUUGUUUAAAACAUAUGAAAGCCUGGAGCAGAUGGCUCAGAAGUUAAAGCAAGACUGUGCUACAGUACAAGAUCAGCUAGCAGCAUCUUCUCAAGAACAGUCUCUCCUUUUGUCUAAGCUACAAAGUGAUGUAGAUACCCUUUAUGAUUCUCUGUAUCAUGGAGGAAAUCAGAUACAACUCAGUAGUCGGGAACUUACUGAGCAGUUUAAUGAACUGGAAAUUGAUUUAAAUAAACUAAAUCAACUCCUUAUGGAUCUGAUUGCUGAUGUGAAGUCAAAGAAAAACUUUUUAGAAUCCAAUAAGCUGCAUCAGAUGGAAAGAAACUUGUAUGUGUAUUUUUUCAAAGAUGAAGAGCACUUGAAAGAGAUGGUGGAGAAGCUUGAGCAGCAGUCUAAGGCUAAAGCCAGUGGUCUGGAAGAUUAGAAUUUCACCACUAGUGAAGUUCUUAAUGUUUGAACUUCAAUGUACUCUUAAGAAAGGAAAACGUGUUAAUGUAAACUGUCUACAAGUUUAUGGAAUGAUAAGUAUUAGCUUAUCAAGGCUAACAUUUAUCUAUUGUUGCAAUGUAUGUUUUAGCUGCCACAGUUUCUAAGUUUGGAUUGUAUGCUGCUUUAUGGCUUUUGGCAUCUGCCCACUGAGUUCAAAUCUCAGUUUUGUCAGAGUUCUUUGAUAUGAAGUAAUACAUUGGUUAUUGGAAUGAAUUACAUUCAGGCUGCUCUUCUGCUAGCCUGCGUGUUGAUUUCCAUGGCGCACAGCGUUGCACAAAAAGGAACAUGUCAAAUGCUUGAGAGCGAUUUUCUUGCAUGCUAAGAACCUUUGGUAUGUGAACUGAAAAAAAUGCAGAGAAGGCAUUCCAGAUUUUGGAACAUGAAUGUAAUGUGCUCAUUCUGAAGAGGAGAGUUCUCCAAGGCAGAUGUUCUGUGAUCAUUUCCCUUAUAGCUCUCUUAAGAAGAUUUGGUUUUGUUAGAAAUGUGUCAGAAGUGUAUCAGAAUCUGUUUCAUGUACCAGGACCAUCUGUUUUAAGACCAUUCUGAUAUCUCUUAAUUUAACUUAUGGUUUAUCUUCUCCAUUGAAACCAGUUCCAUACUGGGCUCUUCAAAGGAAAAGAAUUUUAAAUUUACCUUUUGGACUUCUGAGUUUGCUCUAUGAUUUAUAAUGAUAGGUGUUACAAUUCAGAGUCCUGACACUUUCAUACUUCGGCUUUCAUGUGCAUUGUUAGACUGUUUAUCAAAUUUUUAUAUAGCUUCCUAAAGUACCAGUGGAACUAAAUAGGCUUUUAUGGUAUGAUAACUUCCAGUCUUUUAUAUUUUGAUGGGAUCAGCUGUGCUUGCUUUCAAGCACUGUACAUAUAGAUGAAGGUUAUUUUUAACUUCAGUAACAGUAGUCUUAAAACUAUUUUGAUGACAGACUU